CCUGAGGAGGUGCAAAGCCUAUUGAAGGGGCUUAGCGAUGCGAGUCCUCUAUAUUCUGAUGGGAUUUAUUUCGAGGGACAGAGAUACCUGGUGGUCCUAGCAAAUGAACGAUUCAUUCAUGGCAAGAAGGACAAGGAAGCCGUGUAUGCGGUUAAAACGAAUCAGACUUUUAUAUUGGCGCAUAGUCCCGAGUGGGUGCAACAACCGGAGGCUGCAAAGGUUGACGAACAUCUUGGGGAUUAUUUAAUCGGGGCAGGACUCUGA